CAAACCUUUACAAAACACAACAGGAAACAUGAUAACCGAGAACAUGAUGCAGCCACCACUGGAGAAUGAAUCCAUUGUCUUAGCAUUUACACUCUCUGGACUUAAUGAAACAAUGGAAAACAGAUUUGUGUUUUUUUCUCUCACUACACUGCUUUAUCCCCUAAUGGUGUUUUGUAAUGUAACUAUAAUUUUCACUAUAAUUUCAUAUAAGAAACUUCACGAGCCGAUGUAUGUGUUUAUAUGCAAUUUGUGUAUAAAUGCACUUUAUGGCACUGCUGGAUUCUACCCUAAAUUCAUGUAUGAUUUAUUAGCCCAAGAUCAUGUGAUUUCUUAUGCUGGAUGUCUGAUUCAGAUUUUUGUCAUUUAUUCAUUUGCUUUGUGUGAAAUUUCAACAUUAACAGUGAUGGCAUAUGACAGGUAUGUGGCAAUAUGUAGACCACUGGAGUAUCAUUCAAUAAUGACCAAUCAGAGGGUUCGUGAAUGGAUCCUUUUCUGCUGGCUGGCCCCAUUUUUUUGUAUGUUUAUUUUAAUUGUAUUAACAACUAGACUCACUUUAUGUGGCUCCACCAUUGAAAAGUUAUAUUGUGAGAUUUGGGCAGUUGCAAAACUUUCUUGUUUUUCUACAACUGUAAAUAAUGUCUUUGGGUUAACUGUUAUUCUUGUAUAUGUUGGACAUGGUGUAUUAAUAUAUUGGUCCUAUUUUCAGUUGAUUAGAAAGUGCAUGAAGUCAAUAGAAGUCAGGCACAAAUUCGUGCAAACAUGUGUGCCACAUCUGCUUUCAUUGAUCAAUGUGACUGUUGCAUUUUUGUUUGAUGUAAUGUACAGUCGUUUUGGCUCAAAGAAUAUACCUCAAAGUGUACGCAAUUUCAUGGCCCUGGAAUUCCUACUCAUACCACCCAUUUUAAAUCCCCUUAUUUAUGGACUAAAUCUGACAACAGUACGCCAGCAAGUUAUGAAAAUGUUUUUUUUAAAAAUAAGUAGGAAUGUCUGAGUGAAUAUUUCAGAAAUUCAAAAGACCUUUUGCUUUCCUUUUUUUUUUUUUUUUUUAAUUCUUGCUAUCUACUGUUAAUGUUCUAAAAGAAAAUUCAUUGAGGUGUUCUUAAAACAACAACAACAACAACAACAACAAAAAACAUUUUAUGGAUAUAAUUGUUUUAUGAAACUAUAAAAGUUAAUAAGCCAAAUGGAGAGUAUGAAAUCGCCUUAACCACAGUAAAAUCUCUGUACUUCACAUAUUUGUCUGGAGAUAAAUAAUUACCAUAAUAAUAAUAAUAAUAAUAAUAAUAACAACAAUAACAAUAAACCAUUCUUCUGCCAAUAGUUUGUAAUUUGGUACAUCGAUACUGAAUUAAAUUUGUGUGCAAAAACACAUUUUAUGUGUUUUACAAUUUCUUUGACCACUCACUCAAGAACCAAUAUUUUAGAGCCAGAAAUAUUGUUUUAUAAUCUAUUGUUUGUGAUUGUCUGGUAGAGCUGUAUAAAGACUUUGUUGUCAACUUUGCUGUUACUAUGAUGGUUUUGUCAAAAAAAAAAAAAAAAAACACUAUAAAAAAUAUUCCAAAUCCUUAUUAAUCAGUUACUUUUAACACAUUAACUUUUUUAAUUUUAUUAUUAGUAGUAAAAUGACCAGUAAGUAAAAUAUAUUGAUGUAUAAAGUAGCUGUAUGUAAUAAACUUUGUUGGCCUACAAUAAGUAUUUAUUUUCUGCAGAAAAUAUUGCCGGGACUCUGUGGGCACUGGCUACAUCAUAUGUUAUCAAGUAAACAAAAUCUAUGAACAGCUUUUAUAUUCUUGGUAUUUAUGUACAUGGAUAUUGUCAAAGGCAACUGGCUUGAUAAAUGUUUAUCUUUUUGUAUGGACAACUUUUACCCUACAACCUAUUGACUGAAUCCAGUAAAUCAAAGUCUCAAAUCUACAACCCAGGAAAUAAAUACCAAGUAACACUUUAUUUUGAUGGUCCACUUUAGACAUUUGAUGAACUAUAAGUAACUUUGCUUUCAGGGUUCUUGCAUUUUGGUCUAGUUUAUUUCUUGGUUUUGUAUGACAGUAAGUCAGUAGCAAAACCCGAGAGGUUGCUGAUUUGAAUGUGAGAACUUGUUGUAUUAAUAUUUGUAUUUGUAAAUUGAAAUUUACACUCACAGCCCUGAUGUGAAAAGCUGAAUGUUUUGAUUUGCACACGCAGACAACAAUCAAAACACCUGUGUUACGAAGUUAUAGUUGCAGAUUAAUAGUUACAAAUGUGUAAAAUGGUAUUCACAUAAACAAAAUGACAGACACAAAUGUGUGUGACAUAUUUACUUUUGCACUUUACUUAAGUUUCGAUGUACAGCUUCAAGUUUUUUUGAAGCUGUUUUAUUGGUUGAUGCCUGACCAAUAAACAAUGCCAUCCAGUGGGACUUGGCAUGCUGUAAUAAAUAUUUGCAUAUGUAUAACACAAUAUUUUCAUUAAAAUAUCAUAUGAAAAUGGCUGCUACAUGGACCACCAAAACGGCGCGAUCUGCUCUAUGUAGUGACGUCAUUGCGUACAAUAACGUCCCAUUUCAUUGUCUGACUCCAACCAAUAAACGACUUGACUACUCUUUUACUGUAAUAUAAAACUCAGUUAAAACUAAUGAUAUUUUAAUGAAAACAGGGAUUUUUGCAAAUGUUUCAGUACAAUUUAGCUGUUUUAUUGAGCGUUUACUC